UAUAUUGAUAGUCAUGCAUGACUUGAGGGAAAGUUAAGUACUAAUCCUGAGGCCUAAGGUUCAGCCAUGCAGCAGGAGGCUGUCAAGACAUUGCUGGAUAUUGUUACACCCCAUUUUGCAAGUCAUAAAGAUGCUCCCGCUGUCAAGUUUGAUGAUGGAGGGACCAUUGUGGUCUCUACAUACUCACAGCUUCAGAAGUCAUCUGAGCAGGUCACUGCUGUCCUAAAGAGGAUAGAGGUGAAGGACGAAAUUGUUGGAAUUUGUGUCUCGCCCUCACACAAUCUGCCUGCUGUUCUUCUCGGUGUUAUUGGAAGUGGAGCUGCGUUUUACAACUUUGAGUCGGGCUGUGAGAACAUUGUCUGCAAUGUUGUCAAGGAGAUGGGCAUCCGUGUCAUUUUGGUAGACCAAGAAAGUUUUAAGAAGGCUGAAGCUGUGUUGCUGGAGUAUAAUGCUGUGACUGUGAGUGAUGUAUUGAUGCAGGCAAUUGGCAUGAUUCUUUUCCGUCUGGAAGGACAGACACAACACAAACACACAGGGAAUCAGCUAGCCUACUGUAUCACAACCUCCGGCACAACAGGCACUCCCAAAGUUGUACGAGUACCACACCAGUGUAUCAUACCCAACAUCACACAUCUCAGAGAAAUUUUCAACAUUAAUGACAAUGACCUCAUAUUCUUAAGCUCACCUUUGACAUUUGACCCAAGCAUUGUUGACCUCUUUAUGGCCUUGGGAAGUGGUGCUUGUCUGUUGAUUGUUCCACAUGCAGUGAAGAUGAUGCCAAAGUCUUUACUAAGUAUGCUGCAUUACCGUCACAAGGUCACCUACCUACAGGCUACUCCUUCCCUGGUAUCAAGGAUAGAUCCUGACAUUCUCAAGAAGACACUAUUAGGAAGUCUGUCUCAUCUCAAAGCUCUUGCUUUUGGAGGAGAGAAAUUUCCAUCUAUUUCCUUACUACAGAAGUGGAGAGCUUCUGAUAAUUCUACAAAGUUUUUCAACCUGUAUGGUACCACAGAGGUGUCCUGUUGGUCCACAUGCUAUGAAGUUACUGCGAGGGAUUUUAGUAGCCUAAUUGAAGAUGUGCCUUUGGGACUACCACUGACAGAUACCAUGGCAACAGUUUUUGAUGACAAUGGUCAGGAGGUAAAUCAAGGCAGGGGACAGCUGUUCCUAGGGGGAAUAAAGAGAAGGCAGUGUUACCUAGGUGGAGAAGAACCAGGCAGAGGACCACCAAUAUUGCGGGCAACUGGUGACACAGUCUUCAUCAACUGCAAAGGGGAGAUAAUCUUUCUCCACCGUAUGGAUGACCAGAUCAAGCGGAAUGGUCGAAGGAUGAACCUUUGUGAAAUUGAAAAGAUUGUACUGAAGCUGGAUACUGUAGCUGACUGUAGAGUUUUAUUUGAUCAGAAGAAGCUUAUGGUUUUCAUUGUGUUACAAAGGACAAAACCAAUUAUAGAUUCUCAGACAAUUCACCGCUGGAUACAAAAGCAUCUGCCUUCUCAAUACUGGCCAGACCGUGUUGUUAUGGUUUCUGAAUUUCCUGUUACUAGUCAUGGCAAACUGGACAAGACAACAUUACUACAGAGUGUGUAUGAUGAGCCUAGAGCUGGAAGGGAUGCUGUCUCACCUGAAAGGAUACCUGUUGUUUUGGAGACAAUCUGGAAGGAAAUCUUUCAGAAAAAACAGCAAACACCAACCAUGGACUCCAAUUUCAUCAUUAGUGGAGGUGACAGUUUAAUGGCUGUUCAGUUUGCAGACAAAGUGGAAGCAUCCUUCAACAUGAGACUUCCAAAACUUUUAGAUUUAAUCUUGCACGAUGUAUACCCCAAUAUUGUCAGCUAUAUAGAGAGGUGUGUCUGUGAUCAGAUGCAAAUAUCACUUCAACAUAACUAUCAAAAGGAAAUUGUGUACUUGCAUGAAUUUAUCAAAGCACAGCCUAUUGACACAGAUGAAUUAAUAAUGAAAAAGAAAGGAACAGAAAGUUUGAAUUUAGAUAAUGUUGAUGUUAUAAUAAGUGAUUUGAAUAAAGAAAAGUUACCUCUUGAUUUAACCACUUCUACAGAAGGAACACUAUCCAAUAGGAAAAGAAAGUAUAGUGAUCAACAUAUGAAAAUUAAUAUAGCUGACGAUCAAGACACAAAUCGUUUAUGUAAUGAGUCAUUUACGAUUAGAACAGACACUAGCUAUAGGUCAAUAAGUGAUGAAAGGAUUUGGUCAGUUGGUAGAGGAAACACUGGUUUAAUCAGCAGUCCUCAUUCAAAAGAGGAUUUCAAGAGAGCAUAUCCCCCUAUAUACCGUGGUACAUCUGCUUCACCAUCACCACCAGAGUGUAACCUGAACAUUCAACUAGACGAUACUACACAACACUGGAGUAAUUUAACCUUAGAGAUCUGUUGGAAGGUUAAUACAAGGAAAUGUGUGGAUGCUUCACCUGUUAUAUCCAGAGACAGGACAGGAAGACAUACUGUAUUCGUUGGUUCCCAUUCACACAAGUUUUUUGCAAUCACCAUGGAAACAGGGGAGGUGCAAUGGGAAACAUAUCUAGGUGAUCGGAUAGAGUCCUCAGCUUGUGUCAGUGUGUGUGGAAAUUAUGUCGUUGUUGGAUGUUACGAUGGUGCCAUUUAUGUGAUGGAGUGUUUAACAGGAGAAACUUGGUGGAAGUAUGAAACUGGAGCAGAGGUGAAAAGCUCACCUGUUGUUGAUCCUGAAACAUCAUUGAUAUAUGUCGGAUCACAUGACAAACACCUGCAUGCUUUGGAUAUAACGACGAGGACCUGCCAAUUUAAGACAUAUUUGGGAGGUGGUAGUAUUUUCUCGUCCCCUUGUGUGAGUUCUUCACUCCACACUGUCUACGUGGGGACUCUCUCUGGUGCUGUUUCUGCUAUUGACUCUAGAAAUGGAGAUAUCCUAUGGACGUAUGGCUGCAAGAAGCCUCUAUUUUCUUCCCCUAUUACGUCACCAGAGGGCGUUUAUAUCGGCUGUGUGGAUGGAUGCUUGUAUCAUCUCUCCAGAGACGGCAAGCUGAUUUGGUCGUUCGACACUAUGGCUCCAGUAUUCUCAUCGCCAGUUUCUUAUCAACAACGUUGCCCAAAAGAUCUGAAUUGUAUAAAUAAAUCAUCCAAUCGUAUGGUUAUAUUUGGAUCACAUGACCACUGUAUUUAUUUUCUAUCGCACGAUGGCAAGUUAUUAUGGAAGAAGGAGUUGGAUUCCCCUGUCUAUUCUACUCCAUUUUGUUUUGAUUUGGUGGUUGGUGAACAUGGAUCUCAGAUUUGUUUUGAAGAUAAAAGCAACUUUUCAUCUAAAAUGGAGUCUGAUUCCGUCAAAGUAGAUGUCGAUGUACCCAUCAGACCACAGACAGAUGUACACAGCUCAUAUACAACAAAAUCAAACAUUUACUCACAGUGGUCCUCGCAGGAAAACUGCCAUACUGAAUCAGACAUUUCUACUGUAGGCGACAAUAAAAAUGAAUGUAUAGAGAGUGGCAUAGCUAGUGGACAAGAUGCUGCAACAUAUAGCACCAGCAAUACAGAGCGUCAUUUACCAACAGAAACAUUUGUUAAUCAGGAAGGUGAUAUAGCAGGUCAGCUAAAAAAUAGCGCAGCACAAGUGAAAUCUACAUCGCUAUUAAAACAUACAGAUAUUGUAAAGCGCCAUGGUAACAAGGGGACUGAUACUUAUGAUACUAUGUCAAGGCUAUCCUUUGGCAUGAUGCCGUUAUGUGUGGUAGCCACAACGGCAGGAACUGUUCAUGUGAUUGACAGACGUUUGGGACAGGAAGUGGGUGUAGUCAAACUCCCUGGAGAGGUGUUCUCCUCUCCCGUUGUGUGUGGACAAAACAUCGUGGUUGGCUGUCGUGAUGAUUAUGUUUACUGUCUAAACAUAACCCCUACUUUCUAUAAUUCUAAUAUUGCGAAAUAAUGACAGCACCACUAGUACUGUAACCAAGUACUGAAGUGAGUCUUAGACUAUUUUACGGAUAAAAAACAUUUAAGUGAUUGUGACAUGACUGAUAUGAUUUACAAUAAAAAGCUAGCUAUUGAGAUAUUAGUUAAAUAUUUUUUAAAUAGAAUAUAUAUAUAUAUAUGAUGUUGUCUAGACUCCACAAAAUAACCAAAUUGUUCUAUCAUCAUCAGGGAUGCAAAUUAAAAUAUUCAUCGAAGUUAACAAAUACCUCAAACUGUGAUAUUCUAAUAUAUACAUACAUUUAUAUAUUUUAUAUACCGUAUUCAUUUUUGGCAUGUACAUGUAUUACUGUAUGUUGUAUACAUGUCACUAAAUGCAUUGAAGAUAUCAUACAAUAGCGAGUCUUACGAUCGUUUUACAGUUAUUUUGGUUCAGUUAGGUAGUACUAAAAAGUCUACGUCAGUUUUGUGUCCAAGUAGACGAACAUUAAUAUAGCCAAUAUACCACGGCCUCCUAAAAUACACACACAUGUAUACUACAGGCAUGCAUCUCGCACACAGGUGCGGCUGUCCUUUACUUACCAUAGAAAUGGAUAGGACGUUAAACAAUACAAAACUCACGUUUAUCCUGGGGGUUUGCCCUAGCCUUGCAUUACGGUUAUAGCUACAUUCUUUAAAUAUACACGUGUUUCCUCCAAAAUUAAUCUGGGCCAAAUUGUCUAAGGAUGAUUGAAUUAAAGGAAGAGUGGAUCUUGCUCUCUUUAUUUCAACGUUUAUUUUGGCCGAAUUUGAGUUUCCUAAAUCCCUUCUAGAAAGACGAACCAUUUGUAUUUGAUUAAAAUGUGCUAUCCACCUGCUAGUUUCUUCAAGUUUCUUGUACAUUCAUUAUUAUGAAACAAGGCUAGUAACAUGAUUAGUGUAUGUUGUUUUUGAU